AUGGGAUCAUACAGAGUUCUUCUAAGUUACACAGCAAUUUUUGAGCUAAUUUUUGCGAUUUUGGAUAUUAUUACAGCGCCGGUUAGUGUCUCGCGUUUAUAUGUAGAAAACUGUAAAAUCAUUUUUGAAGAGCUUUUUUUCAUUCGAUUCAAUUCUUGUCUUAUACAUCAAUAUGGGUAAUUCGCCUUUGUCAUAUGAAAUUAUGAGUAUUUUAUUGACAUUGUAUUGUGGGAUGUUUGGAAUAUCUUUGGGUCUCUUUCCAGUUUUAUUCAUUUAUCGAUAUUUAGUGUUAACAAAGCACAAAUUAUUAAUAACAUUUGAAUCAAGAACAAUAAUUUGCUGGCUUUGUAUUCCAUUGAUAUUUGGUUUUAUGUUUGGUGGAGUUUCAAAUAUUUUAGCUGCUCCCUCUGCUUACAAAAUGCAUCACAUCGAACCAUACUUGAUUAAAUCUCUAGCGAUUUCUAAAGAAAACAUUACAUAUCUCUGUCUAUUUUUCAAAACAACAACUCAGAAUGAUCAAAUAUUACAAGAACAAUCUUUGCUGGCUGUGUUUCUGAUGAACUUUCUUGUGGUGAGACACUAUUUAUUUUUUCGGAUAAAAAAUAAUCUAUCAAUUCAUUUUUUCAUUCAGAUUUGUUCACUAAUAGUCAUUCUCUACUUUGGAAUUCGAUGUAACAAAUUGAUAAACAAGAACUUGCUUUCCACAAAUUUGUCCCAAGAGUAUCGAAAUGUUCAAACACAAUUUUUCUACGCUCUGGUUGUUCAAGCUGCGAUUCCAAUUUUUCUUCUUCAUAUUCCAGCUGCCAUUAUUUUGCUGACAACAGUUUUUGAUAUCAAUCUGGGAUUAAUCAGCGGCGUCGCAACAAUUACAAUUGCAAUAUUUCCAGCUGUUGAUCCAUUACCAAAUGUUUUCAUUAUCAAAACUUAUAGAACAGCUAUGAAACGUGAGUUUUAUUGUUACUAGAACAAUAAAGUGCAAGUUGGUUUUAGAAAUUUUCAAAUCGCUGUUCACAUUUUGGAAGAGAACAGAAGUUUCAUCGAUCGCCUAAAAAAUGUAUUCCUGGUUACAAAACAGUUAAAAUGUAUAUUGAAAUUGUUUUUGUUUUGAUUUUUUCAUUGGCAUGAUUAUUACAUUUAAAUAUCGAAAAAGUCCCAACAAUGUCAUUUUGAGUCCCCACAAGUUUUUCAUUUCGGUUAUUUUUAUCCAUUUAAAGAAUUUGAAGACAAUUUAUUGGACGCAUUUUUUGGAUGUAAUAGGACGAGAUGGAAUUUGACAAAUUUAUAAUUCUUUUUUUUUUCUCUUUUUUCAUUUUUAGGAGUUUUCAAUACUAAUCGGAAAUAGCUAAUACUCCACUUUUAAUAAUAUAGAUAUCUUUUCUGACAUUGAGAACUUCUCUCACGUUAUCUUGAAAAUUCAAAACAAAACUAAUAAAUAAGUCUAGAAACUCUGUAAAUCAUGAAAAAAACUAGAACACUUUCAUAAAUACCGGAUCCGAAAAAUUGUGCUUGUUAUUUUUAAUGUAGUAACAAUUUUGACAAUUGUUCAAAAAACAUGAAGAAAAAGAAACUAUGUAGUUUUUUGUUAUAGAACAAUUAUUUUUUCAAUCUUUAUUCUUUUCAUUCCUACAUUUAUUAAUAAAAAUAAUAUAUAGCGCAUAAGAACGAUGAAUAUUUCAUCAAAGAUCGGAAGAGUACUCAUCUCAAAAAUUGUGGAAAAAAGCACUAAUUUAGUGGGAAGAAUUUCUUCUUUAUAUUCUUUAGAAUUUUUUAAAUUGAUAUCAUAUUUCAGUUCGAACUUCCCCAAGCUUUAAAUUCGCAAUGAGUAAUUUUUUCAACAUUUUUAUCGUUUUUUUUUAUUCCAGAGUUUAAUCUUAAUCCUACUGUUCUUUGGAUUAGAAUUUGAAUUCAUUGAAUUCCAGUUGAUCUUAUGAUUGAACAUGUUGAUAGAUAG